AUGAGCGGCCUGGAGGAAGAUCCAGAGUUUGAUUUCGAUUUCCUCUUCGAGUUUAACCAGAGCAACGAGGCUGCCGGCGGCAAAGAACAUUAUAACUAUGCAUCUUCAAAUAUAAAUUCAACUUUGCCUCUAAAUGUGGCACAUUCUUCACUGCCAACUCCAUGUCACGGCCUUCAAACGUCUAUUCCAGUCAUUCCAAAUGUCUCAUCAGCUAAUCAUCUUUCAGGUUAUGGAGGGCAUGCUGACAAUAGCACUGCUGGAUAUUAUUUGGCUCCAAGUGUCAGACCUAAUGGAGUGCCAGCAUUAGAAAGUCCUAGAAUUGAAAUAACCACCUACCUAGGGCUGCAUCAAAACAAUAAUCAGUUCUUCCAUGAAGCUGAGAUUGAUGAAUCCACCCAAAACACAAAGAGAUCGCCUUCUACCGCUACUUUGAAUUUACCAAACAUUGAGGCUUACAGGGACCCAUCUUGUCUGAGCCCUGCCAGUAGCCUGUCUUCCAGAAGUUGUAAUUCAGAAGCAUCUUCCUAUGAAUCAAAUUAUUCCUAUCCUUAUACUUCACCCCAGACAUCUCCUUGGCAAUCGCCCUGCGUAUCGCCCAAGACCAAUGAAACUGAGGAGAGGUAUCAGCGAAGUUUAGUUCCCUGCACACUCCUUAAUUCACCCCGACAUUCUCCUUCCACGUCUCCCAGAACAAGUAUUACUGAAGAAAACUGGCUGAGCUCUCGCAACUCUAGACCAUCAUCUCCCUGUAAUAAGAGAAAAUACAGUUUGAAUGGCAGACAGACAUCCUACUCUCCACAUCACUCCCCAACUCCUUCUCCCCAGAAUUCUCCAAGGGUUAGUGUGACUGAUGAGACAUGGUUGGGAAACACUAACCAAUAUACCAGUUCAGCCAUUGUCGCAGCAAUCAAUGCCCUCACUACUGACAGCACAAUAGAUAUGAAUGAUGGAAUUCCUAUCAAGUCUAGGAAAACUGCAAUAGAUCACACUCCCUCCAUGGCACUCAAGACUGAGCCUAGUGGAGAUGAUCAGGGGACCAUAUCACCGAUUACCGAUUUAUCACCAGAAGAAUUUCCUGGGUUCCAGCACAUCAGGAAAGGAAGCUUCUGUGAUCAGUAUCUUUCAGUUCCGCAGCAUCCCUAUCAGUGGGCCAAAUCAAAGCCUUUGUCCCCAACAUCAUACAUGAGCCCAUCUCUGCCUGCCUUGGAUUGGCAGUUGCCAUCUCACUCAGGACCUUAUGAACUUCAGAUUGAAGUGCAGCCGAAGUCCCAUCACCGAGCCCAUUAUGAGACGGAAGGCAGUCGAGGAGCUGUCAAGGCGUCUGCUGGGGGACAUCCAGUGGUGCAGCUACAUGGUUACUUAGAAAGUGAACCACUCACACUACAGCUGUUCAUUGGGACUGCAGAUGACCGCCUGCUGCGGCCCCAUGCCUUCUAUCAAGUUCAUCGGAUUACAGGGAAGACUGUUUCCACAACCAGCCACGAAACCAUACUUUCCAACACCAAAGUCUUGGAAAUUCCACUUUUACCUGAAAACAACAUGAAAGCAAUCAUUGACUGUGCUGGAAUACUGAAACUUAGAAAUUCAGACAUUGAACUGAGAAAAGGAGAAACUGACAUUGGGAGGAAAAAUACACGAGUUCGGCUGGUCUUCCGUGUUCAUAUCCCUCAACCUAAUGGGAGAACCCUUUCUUUGCAAGUGUCUUCCAACCCUAUUGAAUGUUCCCAAAGAUCUGCUCAGGAACUGCCUCUGGUUGAAAAGCAGAGCGUUGAUAGCUAUCAUGUGAUGGGUGGGAAGAAAAUGAUUCUGAGUGGACACAACUUUCUUCAAGACUCUAAAGUGAUAUUUGUGGAGAAGGCUCCAGAUGGUCAUCAUGUGUGGGAAAUGGAAGCCAAAACUGACAAAGAGUUGUGUAAGCCAACUUUAUUAGUUGUUGAGAUUCCACCAUUCCGCAAUCAGAGAAUUACAAGUCCUGUUCAAGUCAAUUUCUAUGUUUGUAAUGGAAAGAGAAAGAGAAGCCAGUACCAACUUUUCACCUAUCUUCCUGCUAAUGUUCCAAUUAUAAAAACAGAACCCACUGAUGAGUACGAGUCUGCUCAAACCUGUGGACCAAGGAGCCAUGGAUUAAGCCCUCUCUCCAAACCGUAUUACAGCCAGCAGAUCAUGAUGCCUCCUGAUCCUGGCUCGUGCCUUGUAGCUGGCUUCGCUUCCUGUCAGCAGAGAAACACUGUGAUGUCAUCAUCUCCCAGCUCUAGUCCUAAGCUGCAUGAUCUUUCCUCUCCUGCUUACAAGUGCAUCACCAACCCAGGCCAUAAUCAUCUAGGACUUCAGCAGACGGCUGGAGGUGUCCCCACCAUACAGGAAGUGCCAAGGUCUAUUGUUGUGCACCCAAGCUCUCCUGAUCAGUCAUCUCACAUCAUGCUGCAGCCGCAGUAAAUGAGAUAAUAAGGAAUGAUCUUUCCAGCACCCAUGUCCACUAACAAUUGGUCAGCUACAAGUUUAGCUGAGAUAUCCACAUCAAAUAAUUGGAAGAUAAUCCCCGGUACCAUUCUAGUCUUCCAUUUUGUUGACUGUUUGGAGCUGACAAUUACCUCUUCUCUUUGUCUAUGCAUAUAUAUAUAUAAAGGAACUGGUUGACUUCAGCUAAGAAAUGCCUCCUUUUAAAAAUCAUCUCAAGGAAAAUGGAGGAAAUGAAUACAGUGUGGAGUAUUUUUAUGGUUAAAAUAGGAAAUGUGAUAAAACUGAUAACCAAUCUCAAAAACUGAUUUUGUUUCUUUCGGGCUCUACUGGACAACAACCCUGGAAGUGCCUUAUUUUGUUAGUUUGUGGCAUCAGGGAAUUGUAUUGGCAGUGUUGAAGUCGUUGCCAUCCAAAGUGUUUCUCGGCACAGAAACUGUCAAUUGGUAUAGAUAGAGGAACCCUAUUGAAAGUAAACUAAUGUGUCUGAAUUCCAGGUUUUUUUUCUUCCAAUUUUCUCUCUUGAACUGUAUUUGACAUCCUGCUGCCUUAUUCAUGGUGCAUUUUUAAACCAAAAUUCUCAUCUCAGCUGUACAUUUUCAGCCAUUCUCAUUUCUUUCCUUAGGUAUUGUAGAACAAUUAGUAAUACUAGCUUGUCAAUAUAUUGACUUCUCUUUGGUUUCAGCAUAGCACAAGGUAACUGAGCAGCACAAAAUAUUAAGGUUGAUGGACAAAAAACAUUUGAAGAAAUCUAACUUUUGCUCAACUGAUUGAUGUAUAUGCAUGUAGCGACCUAGCAUAUACGCAUGCAUAUUGUGCGUAUACGCGUGUGUGUGUACACAUACACAAACAUAAUAUGUUUAGUAUAUUUAGUUGCCUUUUGAAAGUUUUGAAUUUAGCAAUAAUUUCUGCUUCUAGGAAUGCAGUCCAGAUCCCAAGAAAUGCCGUUUUUGUUUUUGUGAAGUUGUUUUGUUUUAGGUAGUUCUGAUUUUUUUUUUGUCUCACGCUGAUAAGCAAGCACUUUAGACAAUGGAGAAGGAUGUGUAUCAAAUAUGCAUAAAUUCCCAAAUGACAAAGAAUGGGUUAAAGCAAUUGUAAAUACCGCUACUGAAGAAUGUAAAAUAUUUGUUCAGUUAUAAGAUGAUUAUUCCACUGAAGCCUUAUAACUCUCUGCUAAAUGUACAACAAAUAUUACCAAAAACAAAUGUUUUAAUAUGCAGCCCUGUAUAUUAUGAUUUCGGAAUACAGUAGUUUCAUGUUAAUAGAUACAAAUAAACUUAAGCAAGUAAUAUAGUGUUUAGCAUUGUAUUUUGUACAACCAUGUUACAUGUAGCUAGUAUAUUCAUUCACAUAUAUGGAAAAAGCAUGGCUUCAUUUUUAAAGCAUCUUAACAUUAAUAUUGUGCCUUAGGAAAUACGUGUGACCUGUGCCACAGGAAUAGAAGUGGCAACUAAGUGCACUGUACAGUUAAUGGAAACUCAACCGGUUUCACAAAAAGGUGAAACAGUCCUAACUAUUUAGAAAUAUUACAUAAUCUGUACAAUUAUGUCUUACUUCCUUUUUUAGAAAAAAAAAGCCAUAUUUGUAACAUUUGCACAUUACUGUGAAAGUAUAAGGAUAUAAUAUGGCUGUAUGUAAAUAUUAUGUUAGUUGGCUGAUUUUGCAACUGUUUAGCAAACCAUUUAUCUUGUACUUAGCUUUGAGGGGGAUGCAUGCAUAACUUCUAAAUGUGAUAUCAUGUAUAGCUACAGCUAAACUUGUAGCUGGAAAAAAAUCCAAUAAAGCACAACUUUCUGCAGAAAG